GGCGCCGGGAGCCCGAGAUGGUGGGCGCCGGGGCGCGCGGGGCGCCGCUGCUGCCGCCCUCGUUGCUGCUGCUGGUGCUGCCGCCGCUGCUGCUGCUGCUGCGGGGCGCGGCGGGCGGCCUCGCCGACAGCGUCGUCUGGGCCGUCAAUGCGGGCGGCGAUGCCCAUGUGGACGUGAAUGGAAUCCACUUCCGCAAGGACCCGCUGGAGGGCCGCGUGGGCCGAGCUUCUGACUAUGGCAUGAAGCUGCCAAUCUUGCGCUCCAAUGCAGAAGAUCAGAUUCUGUACCAGACUGAGCGCUACAAUGAGGAAACCUUUGGCUAUGAAGUUCCCAUCAAAGAGGAGGGUGACUACGUGCUGGUGUUGAAGUUUGCAGAGGUCUACUUUGCACAGUCACAACAGAAGGUAUUUGAUGUUCGCUUGAAUGGCCACGUGGUGGUGAAGGACUUGGACAUUUUUGACAGAGUUGGACACAGCACAGCUCAUGAUGAGAUCAUUCCCAUGAGUAUCAAAAAGGGAAAAUUGAGUGUCCAGGGAGAGGUUUCCACGUUCACAGGGAAGCUCCACAUUGAGUUUGUAAAGGGCUACUAUGACAAUCCAAAAAUCUGUGCCCUAUACAUUCUGCAAGGAACAGUGGAAGAUGUUCCAAAGCUGCAGCCGCACCCGGGUCUGGAGAAAAAAGAGGAAGAUGAUGAUGAAGAUGAAUAUGAUGAAGGCUCCAGUGUUAAAAAACAGGCAAAUAAGAACCGGGUUCAGUCAGGCCCACGCACACCAAACCCCUAUGCCUCGGACAACAGCAGCCUCAUGUUUCCUAUACUGGUGGCCUUUGGUGUCUUCAUUCCAACCCUCUUCUGCCUCUGCAGAUUGUGAGAGCAAGCCCCACAGAGCAUCAGCCCAGGGGCUGGGAGGGAAGGAGUUGGACCAAACACAGUUGCUUUCAAUUUCUCCAUAUUGUUCAUAAUUUAAGGAAAAGAAAAAAAAAGAAAAAGAAAAAAGAUUAAAAAAAAAGAUGAUUCAUUUGGAAUGAAUAGCAGGUCCAGGUAAGAAGGAGCUUACCUUCCCCUUGCCAGCAAGCAGCAAGGCCCUUGCACCAUGUGCAGCCUCCAAUCCUCCCUGGGGCAUCCAAGAGUAAAACGAGUCCUCGUUUUCUGUGUAUGGGGCUGUUGGAAGGUGAUGCUAGCAGAGAAAGCCACGUGCUGCAAGAUCUCUGCCUUUACAGGGUGGAAUGCGGUUCCUUGAGCAGGGAAGCAGCUCCUAAAGACAGCCCUGGGUACACGUUUUGUCCAGGAGCUCAGAAGUGUUGUGCUGUUGGGUUACUAAGGACUAUGGAGGAUGGAGCCUGGCUCAGCAUCUCCCUGAAUGCGUGCAACACAAUGUAUGGUACUCACCUGCAUAAAGACACCAAGACUCCAGCUAGCAGCUCAGCUGCUGUGGAGAGGUUCCCCUCCCAGGAGUGCAAACUGCACCAGGAGCAGAAGGAUUUAACUGGCCUGAUUGUGCUGCACCGGUUAGGAGAGACUUUCCUAGUCUGGCAAUUGUAACGUUAGAUCCAUUGCAGAGGGAUUCUGCUGUAGCCUGUGAAAGGCUGAUGUUGUUAGCAUCUGAUCAGAUGCACUUGUUUUCUGUAUUGAUUAUGGCUUUUGUUUCCUUUAAUAUUCUUUUAUUUUCAAGGUUUAAUUUUAAGCCCGGUUCCUUGUUUUGCCAUUUAUAGCAAGUGAUCUCUUCUUUAGAAGAAGCUGAGAAUCAGAGAGAAGGUUCUGGACUUGUUCCUUGGCCUUCCCAGCAGUUAGCUUUCCUCCCUUGUCCUGGAACUGUGAACAACCUGUGCUGUAGGACAGAGCAGAGCAACCUCAUGGGUGCUCUCUAUGAGUGCUCAUUCCCUGUCGUAGGCACCAGGCCUGCCAGCAGUGGAAAUGCAGUGGAGUUGGUUGAUGUCUUCAGUUAGCUCAGCCUUUUGCUUGUCAAAGCCCUGUGGUGAAGGGGCAGAUGUCCAGCAUUUCAGUACUGUAGAGGAAGAUGGUUUGUUGCCCUCCAGAGAACUGGAAUCAUAGACUGGCCUAGGUUGGAGGGGCCCAUAAUCUGCUCCAACCUCCCUUCCUUGGGCAGGGACAGCUCUCAGCUAGACAGGGUUACUCAAGGUCUCAUCCAGCUUGGCCUUGAACACCUCCAGGAAGGGGGCAUAUACAUCUCUGCUCAAUCUGUUCAAAAAUCUCGCUCCAGCAGAACGCUGGAGACAAAGUCACCUGCUUGCUCCUGGGGAUAUUUCUGCAGGAGACUUCUGUUUCCACACGCAGAGUUUGUGCCAGCAGAGCAAAAGCCCUCUCUGCUCCUGCUGAUCCAGAGCUGCCUUCCCAUGGUCUUGGCCUCUGAUGUGUUUAGCAUUUCUGGGUGGCAGGAGCAUGAUCUGGCCCAGUUAUGGUUGGGUUCUUUUGGAUCAGCUUUAAUUCUGGUGAGCUGUGUGCUUGCAGAACACUUUACCUCAUGCUGUCUCUGUUCUUGGAAGUGCUCUCUCCAUCCAGAGCAGUUGGACCGAGCAGUGUCCUCUGUGCUGCUGUUCCCUGGGCCUGAGUUUUCUGAGUGGUUUUUUUGUGUGUUUGAUCCCUAGCAGUGUCUCAGUCUUUCUGAAAAGGGUCAGCAGAACUCCCUAGUUUCUGGAAAUUGGAGGAGCAGCCUUUCUGCUCAGCUUGGCCCAAACAGCUGAAGUCUUUACUUCCCUCUAACCCUUAAGCUGUGAUAUGGGCUGUCAGCUCCUGAGCUCCAGAACUGGAGUUGGGGGCAGGUGUCAGAGCACUGAGCCCUUGCCUUUCUGAUCACUGCUGUAGCCCUGACCCUAAUUCUUUGUCUGUGAGCUAAAAAGCAAGCACUAGGACCUUAAUUACCUCCUCUCCAAUUACAUGAGUGGUAACAGUCAUUUUGGGAGAAGCAAGAGGGUCCUUGCCUCACUGGAACAAGAACCUGUGCUUUAGGGGGAGCAGAUCUUAAGAACAGAUCUUAGGAUGAAAAGGUGGCCAGCUUGACGUUGUCUGCUUCAUCUGCUGCUAAAAUUCUAGUACUUAUAAAACUCCUAUAAAAUAUGAACUCUGUUUUGUUUGGUAGUGGUGCCUGCAAAGAUUCUGCAGUUUUUAGGAUUGUUACUAGAGCAUGGAGACAUUUAGAUCUUAUCAGUUUUGAGAAGCAUAAACUGCUGAUUUGUUAAGCAAAGAACCUGGGCUUGAAAGUAGGCUUCUCUGUGAGGAGCUGUUUUCCUCCAGGCCUUUUAGAUUGCAUUUUAUUUGAGCAUCCUUGAAGCAAGGAAUUACUCAGUUUCUUGUGGCUCACCCAGGAAUCUCUGCACCUUGACUAGCAUGAGAGAAAGGGUGUGCAUUUAGGUGUGCAGAAGUUGGAGACAAGAUUUCUGCCUCUCCUGGCAGCUAGGGCAUCGAUUUGGUGCCAUCAUCUGCCCUAAGGCAAAGCUGUGCAGGGUGUGAUCUGUUAUGUUCCAGUUGCUCAGUUCAAAUGAAUUUGUCUUAUUUGAAUAAGAAUAGGGAGUAAGAAUAGUUCAUCCUUCAUGUCUUCGGUUUAGUUGGUUUUGGUUUUAUGCAUCUCUGUCUCUACAAAGCUGGUGGUUGAGGGGUUCCUGGCCCUGUCAUAGUGCUGUGUAAUCUUCCUUGUUCAUGGGCUUCCAGGUUUGCCUUGGAAGGAGCCUUCAAACAAAGAAUGUGGGAACACCAGAGGAUGGUAGAGGUUAAGGAGUCAGCAUCUGGCUGGGAGUGGCAUACUCAGGCUGGCUCCCCUUGUCAUCUCUUGGCAUCUGCAAGCCAGCUAAAUGGGCACAGUGAGUACCUGGGACUGACCAGGGAAAGAAAGUUUAGGUUGGCUGUAGCUUUCCACCAUAGGUGUUUGUGGGAAUGUCGAAGAUGCUGUUUAACUGAGACCAGUUAGAGACAAGCCUGUUUGUGCUUUGUGACAGCCAGCAUCAAACAGAUGAAGUGCAUGUCCCUGUGCAGCUGUGUGGGGAGCUGGGUCAGAACAGACCCUGGCUUGAAUUGUGAAGCAGUUGUGUAGAGAGGGCAGAUAAGACAGUUUAUUAAAGCUUCCCCUUGAAAAAGGGAAGAUGACACCAUUGAUCUCAUUUUUGGGCCUGGAUCCAGCCUCAGGGUGGUAGUUCCAAAGUCUGCUUUAACUACCCUGUCAUCAGCUCCUCCUUUUGUACCUUAAAGCCAGGCCAUUUUCCCCUUCUCUUUGUGUGACUAGAACAACAGCUCUGACCCUUUUUGAGUGUCCCAGGUGGCAGUGAGCAGAAAGCCAAAUUAAUUCCUGUCUCUUUUUCGUGCCUUCCUCACAGGCUUUGAAUGAAAGUCUAUUUGAAGAAGCUUCUCUUUUUUAAGGAGCUUCAGAGUUGUUUUUCUUUUUCCCCAAGGGACAGGCAUUCCCUGCCCCUGUGAUCAACUGGGAACUGUCUUGAUGUCCCUGGAUGCCAGCUCCAGAAGUCACAGCUGAAGCAGGGAGCUGCACAUAUCUUUGGUUCCAGCCCUGGAGGUCAAUGGGGAAAAAACCUAGCAGGGCACAGAACUGGAAGAGCUCCUUCAGGUCUGGUCUCCCCUAGAAAUCUCCCAAAGGCAGGAUGGAGAACUUCCAGACAGUCUGGUGCCUGUGUGUCUGCAAUGAGUCACAGCUGGGUCCUGGUUGUUGUGUGGUGUUUACAGCUUCUGUGUGCAGUGUGGUUUGGGGUCCUGUAUCCCAGCUCACUCACCAAGGGCUUGACCCACACUGUUUGGGUUUGAACAGGUAAGAGACUUGUGCUUUGUGCCUUGGUCUACCUUUAAGUUGAAAUGGGAUUUGCUAUAGUCAGGAACAUGGAAGCCUGGGCUCAACAGGCCUGUCUGUGGUAGAAAACAGAAGGAGGAGGGAGAGGAGCAGCAGAGCAGCAUCAGCACUUGAUGUGAGAGAUUUGGAGCAGCUGUGAAGUACCAAGUGUUUCAGGCUGUUUGGUGCUCAAGUAUGGGAGAGAUCUGUCGGCUUCUUGCACUUAUGUGACAGGGAGGGAAAUAUCCUUGCUCAGAAUCCAAGGGAAAUGGGAGCUGGGCCAGCACUGAGCUAAUUUACCUACUGGCUCUUCUGCAUCUCCAUAACAAAUGCCAAAGUCUAAUACAAUUCAAGGAUGCUUUUUUUAACGUCGGCCUGGUUCCACCAGUCUGUCCUCACUGGCUGGUCUCAAAUGGGCUCAGACAAGUAUUCUCAGUGGCACAAACACAACACCAGGCUGGAGCUGUGAAGGCUCAGAGGGGUGAUUAUAUGAAUGUGCUGCACCCUUGCUUCAUACACUGCCCAGCGGGGCUGGGGUGUGUGCCUUUCACCUUGGAUCCAAACAGAUUUGUCCCAGGAGUAUAGGAGCAACUGAACUGAAAUGGUGCUGGGCUGGGUGGGAGAGGUGAAGGCAGGUCCAUGUCUUCUGGGACUCUGGCUUGCUCAGAGUUUAUUGCUGUAUAUUAAAUACUAUUUUUGGAGACUGGGGGGAAAGAUGUGGGAGGGGGAGGGAUGUGGUGGCACUGUCCCCAGGCAUAUCAGUGGGAUGCUACUGCAGGUUAUUGAUAGGUUUUGAUAUUUUUUUCCCCCCAAAAAGAGCUUUAUU